AUGGAGACGAAUAACGAAAUUUUUGACGUCGAGCGGGACCCUAGCAGCCAUGAGGCGUUAUCGUUGAGCCUGGCCGCGUUAUCUACGGAGGAGGUGGAGGCCGCGCGGACGAUUCAUUAUCGCUUUUCCCCCGAUUUUCUUCGUUUGCGGACAGUCGGGGCGAAGGUAGUUUUCGGCGUCAACGGCGACACCCCCGUCCCGAAUUUUCGCAUGAUCGAGCGUCAUUAUUUCCGCGAUACUCUGAUCAAAUCCUUUGAUUUUUCCUUCGGGUUUUGCAUCCCCCAUUCGAUGAACACGUGGGAGUCGAUUUACGACAUGCCUAAACUCGAUCCAGCCUGGCAGGAGGCGAUGAUUGAAAGCCCGUUCGAAACUGUCAGUGAUAGUUUUUAUUUCGUGGGGAAUGAGUUAAUCAUGCAUAAUAAGGCGUACUACGCGUUUGAUGGGGAGGAUAGUUCUUAA